GCGGUCAUGGCCGCACCGGGAGCGCUGCGGCUGCUCGCGCUGCUGUGGGCCGGGGUGGCCGUGCUGGCCGGCCGGCCCGGGCCCGUCCUCACGGCGCAGACAGGUGGGGAGGUGGCCAAUGUCACCGUGGAGGCGGCCGCCGACCCUGCCGACGCCGUGGUAAUCAGCUCCGCGACUGGUGACGUGGUGGACGAGCUAGUGGACCAGGCGGACGGGGAUGUGGACGAAUCCGAGGAGAGUGACCGCUCCUCGAACCUGGCAGCGCUGCUCACCAGGCGGAAAGCCGGCUGCACGUACGGCGGUCAGCUGCACGCCCCCGGCGCCAGUAUCAAGUCGACGGAGCCGUGUCUCAACUGCACGUGCCACCCGGUCUCUCUGACCAUCACGUGCCACCUGCGCGUGUGUCCCACGUACCCGGUGCCGCCGCCGGCCGGCUGUUUCCUGGUUACCAGGAACGGCCGCUGCUGCUCCGAGCUCAUCUGCGACCACGACAUCAACACCGUGCGCCGAGACCAGCGGCGGGACGACCUGCCGUCGGCAGAGGUGGCGGAGCUGGCCGCCGAGCUCCAGCUGGGCAACUCCACCGGGCUAGCCGACCUCCAGGGCGGAGAUGGCAGCUGCACGGUGGCCGGUACCGUGUACGCCGACGGCUCGGCGAUGCUGACCUCGUCGCGGUGCCAGUACUGCUUCUGUAUCCGCGGCCGGCAGCGCUGCGUCCAGCCGCGCUGUACGCUGCGGGAGGAGGGCUGCCGGCCGCGCUACCGGGCGCUGGGCACCUGCUGCCCCACCGACUACGACUGCAAGUCGGCUACUACGACUACAACCACCACCACAACAACCACCACCGAGAAACCGUCACGAGACUGCACCAUGCGCGGCCGGACGUACCCGGAGGGCUCUCGGGUAACGGACCUGGCCCGGCCGUGCCGCUCCUGUUUCUGUCUCCGAGGCCAAGUCCGCUGCGCCCCCGUCCAGUGCUCGCCGGCUCUGGAGGGCUGCGCGCCCAUCAUGGAGCCCGGAAAGUGCUGCCCCGUCUCCUACAACUGCUCGGCCAGCCUGCCAGACGCCGGUCUGGUGGCCCGCACGACCCUGGAUCAGGAGGACUUGGAUGAGGAUAUAGAAGACGAGGACGUCACCGAUUCACUGGCACAGACGGCGGAAGCUGAGGAGGCUGACACUGGCCGUCCGGUCAGUUUCGCUCGCUCAGCGAACCCAGCACCGGCGGAGGAGGCGGUCGGGGUGGGCUCGGUGGUCGCCGUCGACUACGGCUCGGUGCGCCCGGCCCGGGCCCCGGCCCCGCAGUGGUCGGCGCCCGUCACCUUCCGUCUCAGUGUAAAGAGCCCCGGUAUCAAGGUGUCGGGCGGCCAGCGGCUGCCGCCCUGGUUCGAUCGGCACGACACGGGCCUCCUCACCGCCAGGGACCUGGUCCUCUCCGGUAACGAGAUCGCCAGUCGGCGACGGCAGCUGCGAGUCGACGAUCUGCCGGCGGCUGAGACGGCGGACCCGGCG